AUGCCUAGGAUGACGGAUUCUCAGGCAGGACCCGGCGGCCCCUCUUCACUCAAAUUCGCAGCGCUCUCAGUACAAAGCUUCCAUCUCGACAGUCCACCCUUCACCGGAGCCGCCGUCGGAGGUGCCGGUCCACUCGACGAAGCAGGGCAACGACUUCAGGGUCACGACUCGGAUUCACAUGACGCCAGCGUCACACAUCCUCAGGCUCACAGUCCUUCGCGUCCAGGCCGCCACUCCAACAAGACAGGCGGCAACAGUCCUCUCUCUAAAGCCACAUCAUACUCCUCUUCGGCAGGCGAAGACCACGACCCAUACACCCGAUCCAUGUCCCAGACACGCUCGGUCUCUCCGCCUUUGUCCUCCUCGUCCUCGCAACAGCCCCACGACAGCAGCGUCAAGACUCCAACUACAGAGAGACGGUCGUUGCUGCUCAACGGCAUGACCAGCUCAGACAGCGCAAACGCACUGUCGCAGUCGGCCUCCAGCUCUCAUCGCAGCAGCGACAGAGAAGGUCGCUCGCAGUCCAGAUACGACCACGACGUUCCCCAGUGGCACUUGGACGAGAAUCUCUCGUCACGCCAAGCCAGCUCGGCCAGUCUAGCUACGCUGUCGCCCGACAAGCCCCUUAUGAACAUCUCGUCCACCGAACCAUUCUCUUCCGCCGGCCGACCUGGUGUUCAACACUCGCAUGCGACCGAGAACGGCACUCAUCGCGAUCCUUCGAUAGCCCGCAACCAGCUGAACCGCGCACACAGGACCGACAGCAGCUCGUCGAACAACAACCGAUCCUCGCCCUUCCAAGUGGGCUCCGAGGACAGGCCGGCCUACUCGCAGUUUUCUGAAGACUUUGAUGCCCUAGAAGACGCCGCUUCCUCCACCGCCGACAGAGACGAAGAGGUUGAUGGCCCAGAAGGCGUCUCCUCCACCUUUCGUCUUCGAGACCGCCGCGUCCCGCAACAAGGUCAGACCAAGGAAGACUACAGUUUUCCCCGACACCGGCUCCCGACACGAAUGCUGGACGAGUCCAAGACGCCGCUCGUCAUCGUCGCAUGUGGAAGUUUCUCCCCGCCCACGUAUCUGCAUAUGCGCAUCUUUGAGAUGGCCAAAGACCAGAUCAUCGAGUCUGGCAAGUACGAGUUGUUGGCAGGCUACUACUCGCCAGUCUCGGACUACUACAAGAAAGAGGGUCUCGCCAAAGCCACGCACCGAGUCAGAAUGUGCGAACUGGCAGUGGAAAAGACGUCGACGUGGUUGAUGGUCGAUGCAUGGGAAUCGCUGCAGGAUGAAUAUCAGCGUACAGCCGUCGUCCUCGAUCAUUUCCACGAAGAAAUUAACGGAUCUUCCAACGGCGGUGUGUUGCUUAGCGACGGAACGCGCAGAAACGUCAAGAUCAUGCUGCUUGCCGGAGGAGACCUCAUCCAGAGCAUGGGCGAACCAGGUGUUUGGGCCACUGCCGACCUGCACCACAUCCUCGGCCAGUACGGUUGCCUCAUCGUAGAACGUACGGGCGCAGACGUCUGGUCGUUUUUGCUCUCGCACGAUCUGUUGUGGAAGUACCGCAGGAACCUCAAGAUCGUCAAGCAGACCAUCUACAACGACAUUUCCUCGUCCAAAAUCCGUCUCUUUGUUCGACGUGGUCAGUCGAUCAAGUAUCUCUUGCCUAACAGCGUCAUUCAGUACAUCGAGAACGAAGGCUUGUACCGAUUGCCUCCAGACGAAGACCUCAAAUCCGCGCCAGAGCAUGCGAAUUGGUAG